ACGUUGUUGCUUUUCUUUUCAGCUUCAGCCAUACUUUCUCUUCCUUCUAUGUCCUUUCAGCUUCUCACUGUUCCCUCACUCUUCAACCAAAUAUAAAAACGGCAACUUUGAUCCAAACCUCACCUUCACUUUAUUGAAGAACCUUUCAAAUCCCUUCUUCUUUCUCUCCCAAAUCUCAAUCUUCAUAACAUUCACCCAUUUCUUCACAUUGGGGGCUUAGGGUUCUAUUUGUUGAUUUUGAUGCUCGAGUUCUGUGGUUUCUAAAGCAUUGAAAUGGGGAAAGGAAGAAGUCCUGGGAAAUGGUUCAAGAAUUUACUCUUGGGGAAGAAAUCGUCUUCAAAGUCUACUUCAUCAAAGAAGAAUGACAUUUUUAAACCUUCAAUUGACAAGGAUUUGCUGGUGUCGUCUGAGGUACCCGUGCCUGAUCCAACCAUGGAUUCGUUGCAGAUAUCCACACCAAUAUCUGGAGCUAAUGAUUAUAAAGGAGUGUUUUCCGAAAAGGAGGUAGUUAGUAGGUCAUCACAUGAUAGGGAUGUUCUUUCAACUAGAGUCAAAGAAGCUAAGGUGCAAGAUGUUGCUAAUUUUGGAUCUCAAGAGAAUCUUGAGAAACUCCAGCUUACGGAAGCAACUAUAAAAGUUCAGGCUGCUUGUAGAAGUUAUCUGGCUCGUCGAACAUUGCAAAAACUCAAAGGUGUCAUACAACUGCAAGCUUUUAUUCGUGGCCACUUGGUUAGAAGACACGCUGUUUCUGCAUUAUAUUGUGUGAAGGGAAUAGUUAAAUUUCAAGCAUUGGCUCGUGGUUACAAUGUUAGAUGCUCUGAUAUUGGGCUUGCAGUCCAGAAAAUUCGUAAGGAUACUCAUUGCUCAAAUUCUGUUCGGGUAGUUUCGUCCACACAGGCAGAGAAGUUGUCUGAAAAUGUCUUUGUUUGCAAGCUUCUGGCUUCAUCCCCAUAUGCAGUUCCUCUAUCACUCAACAGUGAUCCUGGAGAACCUAACAUGGGUCAGAAGUGGCUUGACUAUUGGACAAGGUCCCACUUUUGGGCAUCUCUUCCUGAAUUUAAAAAGAAACUUGAGUCAGUGUCUGAUGAGAAAAAUGGCACUUCUCAGACAGUUCAAAAGGGGCAAGUUAAAAAAAUUACUCGGAAAUCUCCUACUGUGAAAGCUGACAAUGUCUCAAAUUUAGGUUCUAACAAAUCUAAACAGCAUCUGAAAAAGGAUUCAAGCCACCCAUUGCCUUCAGCUCAGGAAAACCCACCAAAAGAAACUGAGAAAAGUAGUUUUGGAAAGACUCAUGCGCAUAAUGCUUCAAAUGGAUCUGAGGUUGUUAAUGAAAAAAGAAAAUCCGGCAAUAAAAAGAUUUUGGAUCAUGCUGUCAUUGAUGUUUCAGAGCAGGGCCCAAAUGCCUCUUCAGCGAAAGAGAAAGAUUCGACUGUGCCAAAGUCAAAAGAGUCUGAUCCUGAGAAAGGUCAUGGACAGCAAACAAAAGACAAGAAUGAUAAUGAGCCACAUAAUGAUCCCAUUGCUGUCUCAAAGACAAGUGUGAAGAAGGGUGGAAAUGAAGGAAUUCAAGUAGUCAGUGAGAAUUUGAAUGGUGGUGACAAUUGUAUCAGUAACAAUAGCCAAAGAAGAGCUUCACUACCUGCUAACAUUAAUGAACAAGAGAAUGAGUUAUAUAACACUCCUGUUACUCCAAGACUGCCCAGUUACAUGGCUCCUACUGAAUCUGCAAAAGCUAGGCUAAGAGGACAAGGCUCUCCAAGAUUUACUACUGAUUUGGUAGACAAAAACAGUGCAACCAGGCGGCAUUCACUUUCAUCCUCACUUAAUGGCAAGUCAGGUUCAUUUUCCCCGAGAGCUGAAAAGCUGAUAGGCGUAAGCAGUAGAGGAGGGAUAAGGUCUGAUAGAUCUCUGUCAUCUUCAAGGGAUGGGACUGAGAAGUUGAUCCAACCUCAGUGGAGAAGGUGAUUCUACCUUAUUUUUCGAGGCAAGGAUACUUGAAGAAGAUGAUCCUGAAAAACUGCAGCAUCAAUAUUACACUGACAAAGUCUACUUGCGGUGGUAUCCAUGCAGCACGAUGAUGUGAUGCUCGAAAUCUUCAUGUUCUGCCAGUCAGAAAUAUGCUGGGAGGACCAAACUGGAAUUGGCCUCUUCAAAUUUUCCCAAAUAUUUUCAUUACGCCACUUCCAAAUAGUCCACAAAACAGAGGCAAAUAGAUCAGUUUUAUUGGGAGAGAAUUUUUGCAAUGCUCUAAAAAUAAACUCUCUGAAAAUGAAUAGCUUCUAAAAGUAAAAAGAAUUUCUUCUUUUUUUUAAUAGAGUUUCAUGGGAGCCAAAUCCUUUGGAACAAAGGUGAUAAUUGCUAAAUAAUUGUACUGUUGAUAAAGAAAAAUAAAGCAAAAUUGUAUUUAAAAAUAAUUAUUUAGCAUAUUUGUGUCUAAUUGUUAAAAGUUGAUGUUUUUUCAAAUUUUGACUGCAAAUAUAAAAACUAGAGGAAACAAAAGCAAAAAAUAGAAGAAUUAUGAAAAAAGAUGAAGCUUCAGCACCAGGCCAGUCCAAAGGCACGCUCAGCGCGCUCUGCCUGUGCUAAGGGCACUGGCGCUAAGCGCAACACGCACUAAGUGGGGAAACGAGCACCCGCGAGAAGAGCGCGCUAAGCGCAUGUACGAAGGCCCAAGUCUAUUUCAACAGCUAUAAAAAGAGAGUCAAGCAGGGGAAAAUGACACACCGAGUCUCAAAGCACUCUCACUAAUACCCAAAGCCUGAGAACUCUUCCUUAGGGAAUUCUCUUCUUUCUUUCACCAUUUUUUCUAUUGCCUUCUUCCAUCCCUCCUCUUCCAUCAAUUCUUAUACUCCAAUUUCAGUGUAAGGUCCUCAAUGGGCAUGAGAGACUAAACCCCUGGUUAGGGCCUGUCAGGCCUAACAAGUCAAAGUGAUGUAUGAUGUAUCCCCUAUUUAUCAAUGCAACAUGUGUUUUCUA